AUGACAUCGGUCACGACCUUCAACACCAGCAACGCCGCGACCCACGAGCUGAAUCUGCGGAUCGUCCACGUGUAUAAGCGGAAACUCACAGGAGGACAACUUACCGCGUUUGGUGCUUGGUGCGUCGCUCAAGACGGGACGUACAUCAUCGGCGAGGGCUUGGCCUUCGGCAAGAGCCACGAACAGUACAAGAUCAUCGCCAAGCUGGAACAGCAGUACGUUCCUGGGAGCGUUUGGAAACUCACCCAGCUGAAGGCGGCCAAACGCAACGAUCAGUACCAUUCAGCACCUCACACGUGCACGUUCAACUUGUUGCGCAAGAAAAUGAAGGCCGAGCCCAUUCAUCAACCAAACGCCGUUCACCUGCCCGCAGAAGUUGAGCCAUCCACGGCUUCGGGGGACGUCCUGGCAUUAAGCCGGCCGCAGGCCUUGGACGUGCGCGGCCGCGUUGCCAAGCUGAACAAGGACCUUCCCCAGAAGAAUCGCCUGCUGACCGAGGUGCACAUCUCCGACCUCGCGGGGAACGUUCUGCAGAUCAAUUUCUGGGACACUGACCGGGAACGCCUGCCGACGUUGAUCGUGACCGAGAUGGUGUAUGUCUUCGGGGGCUGGCUGACAAAGGAGAGCGGUGGCGGCGUUCAUCUCUCCGCAAACGCAUCGACCGUCAUGCGCAAGGCGUCUGGUUCUCUCCCAGGCGCUAAGGCCCUGCUCACUUUGGACGCGUCCACCAUCGAGACCAAGGCGCUCACCACAGGCGCCCCCGCAGCCGACUACGCGAAGGGCCCGGCCGUGUUCAUGAACAUCUCAGCUCUCGAAUUCGUUACUAGCUUCCAGACAGUGUUGCCGGAGACGCUCUUCGAGGUGCCUUCCUGUGCGCUGACGCUGGCUGACGCUAACCCAGAGCGUUUGUGCGCCCACGGCAUGGAACGCGUGCACGCCAGAGUGUCCGUGUCCGACGCGUCUGGUUCUUUGGGCGCCUAUCUCCCAGAAGCUACGGCUCUCGCCCUUUCGGAGUCGGAAGAUAAGGACGCUUUCCUGUCCGCUGACUCCGCGGAUUCUUCCGUCGGCCCGAAGACGCCAUCUCUCGUCAUCGUCAGCGGCGAGACCCGCCAGUACGACCACGCCGACCCACUGCCGCGUGCCCCCAGCGAGGACGGCCUCCUCCCCGCGACGUUGCCGUGGCUAGCGCAGUCACCAACGGGUCGGUUGACCAUCGCUUCCAGCCUCGCCCCCGCGCCAGUCCUCGCCACCGGGGCCCUCGUGCUCGCGCGUGGAGUCCAGCAGCCGCAGGUCGACAGCAUCGCGGGCGGGUUUGCCAUCAAGAACAUGAUCACCGAUGUCAUCGGCACCGACCAGGACACGAAAUGGACCGCGACUACUACUUCAGUCGUCGCCCGCUUGCCACAAUACUCCAUCGCCCGCAAUCACGUCGCGCUCGUUCACGUGACCCACGUGGAUGCGAACUCUCGCACUCUCGUGCUGUCGGACGUCUGGCACAUGCAGGAUGCUGCGAGCUACCCUGAGUGGGAGAAGGAAUUGGCCGCCGCUUGGGACACCGUCAAGCAGCCUGCUGUGGAGCUCAAACGCAAACGUGACGACAACGAUUCCUUUCAGAACGCAGUGACCGCGUUCCUCUCUCCCGAGCGGAAGCGCGUGGCCCACUUCCUCGGGGGCGUCCCCCACGCGGCCUGA